AUUGAAUUCAAAUUUUAAGAACUACAAUUAUGUCAGAGUUGAGUAACUCGAACAAAAGAAACGCUUACCAACAACACAAACUGAAUCUAGUCACAACCCUUUGCAGAUACAAAACAAUCACACAAGAUUGGUGAGGGGUCAAAUAACAUGCAUCAGAUGUGGACACAAUUAGGGUCACUCAUGGCCACAAGCAUGUUCAUAUACACCAUUUUCAUGCGCUUAUUCCCCCCUCCUCUUCAAGCCCGUCUUAGGAAGUACACUCACAAACUCACCUCUUUUGUGUACCCUUACAUCAGAAUCACGUUCCAUGAAUUCACUGGUGAACGCCUCAUGAGGAGUGAGGCUUACAAUGCCAUCCAAACCUACCUCAGUGAACACUCUUCCAAACAAGCCACAAAGCUUAAAGCUGAACUGGUCAAAGUCAAAGACACACACACCCCAUUAGUCCUUAGCAUGGAUGAUAACGAAGAAAUCAUAGAAGAGUUCCAAGGAGUGAAGCUUUGGUGGAGUUCUUACAAAAUCACCCCAAAGACACAGUCUUUUUCUUUUCACCCUGCUUCAGAUGAAAGAAGGUACUUCAAACUCACAUUUCACAAGCGCUAUAGAAGCCUCAUAACCGAGUGUUACCUAAAACAUGUGUUGGAAGAAGCAAAGGCUAUUGAGAUGAAGAAUAGGCAACUUAAGCUUUAUACUAAUAGCAAGACAAGGUGGAGUCAUGUGGUUUUUGAGCAUCCUGCAACCUUUGAAACACUUGCAAUGAACCCAACGAAGAAAGAGGAUGUUAUCAAUGACCUCGUCAAGUUCAAAAGUGGGAGAAGUUACUAUGCCAAAAUUGGUAAGGCUUGGAAAAGAGGGUACUUGCUAUAUGGUCCUCCAGGUACAGGGAAAUCGACUAUGAUAGCUGCUAUGGCUAAUUUCAUGAACUAUGAUGUGUAUGAUCUUGAAUUGACAGCAGUUAAGGAUAAUUCAGAUUUGAGAAGGUUAUUGAUCAACACUUGUAGUAAGUCAGUUAUAGUGAUUGAAGACAUUGAUUGUUCACUUGAUCUCACUGGCCAAAGGAAGAAGAAAAAAGAUGGUAAAGAAAGAAAAGGUUGCGUUAAAAGGGGUGAUAGAGAUGAUGAUGAUGAUGAUGAUAAUGAGAAAGGUAGCAAGGUAACACUUUCUGGGCUAUUGAAUGUUAUAGAUGGGAUUUGGUCAGGUUGUGGGGGAGAGAGGAUCGUGGUUUUCACAACAAAUUUUGUUGAGAAGCUUGAUCCAGCUUUGAUUAGGAGAGGGAGGAUGGAUAAGCACAUAGAAUUGUCCUAUUGUUGCUAUGAGGCAUUCAAAGUGCUUGCCAAGAAUUACUUGGAUGUCGAGUUUCACCAUUUGUUUCCUAGAAUUGAGAAAUUGUUGGAAGAGACAAAGAUGACCCCUGCUGAUGUAGCUGAGAAUUUGAUGCCAAAGUCAUUGAAUGAAGAAGUGGACACUUCCCUGUUAAACUUGAUUCAUGCUCUUGAGAUGUCUAAGGAAGAUGCAGAAAGAAAGAAGGAAGAGACAGAAAAGGAGCAAUUUAAUGUGCAAGAGAAUGCACUUAGUGAAAAUCAUGGUGAAGAAAUGGAAGACAAUGGUGUUAUUAUUUGAUUGAGCUUUUACUAAAAAUAGUUAGUGACAUCUGUGUAUUCACCCUUUCGGUGGCAAAUUCUAUGUAGAACUUGAAUAUCUGUGUGUCCCUAUGUUUGAAUAUUUUCUUGGGCAAAUAAUGAAGAAUGUUGUUCAAACAUUCUAUUAGACUAUGGAUCAACUUCACAUCAUUUUAGUUUCUUUUUCAAAUAUUACUCAAUAAUGGUUGGUCCAAUGAACAUGAAAUUUAAUUUUAAACAAACUUUAUAAUCAUCUGUAUCACGGUAUAAUUGGAUUUGAUGGUCAUUAGAUAGCCCAGUUGAAAAGGUGCGUUUUCAUCCAAGUUGUUGUUUGCUUUUCUCACUGAUCUUCCAUGGUGUACGCUGUUUGAAGCCUUGAAGGCAAAGAGAAAAUUUAAGUUAUUAUAAAGUGUUCAUAAAGCCUUCUGGCACAUAGAAUAAAGAAUUUGUUAAAGUUAUCUUAUGAGAUAAAUAUUUUUUUUUUUUCAUGUGAACUAAUGAAGUUAAGACAUUCUAUUAA